AUGGUUCACUACUCCCGCAAGCCCCAGGUGUCGUCAAAGAGCGCAAAGGCGAAGGUCAGUGAUCUUCGUUGCCACUACAAGAACACAUUUGAGACUGCCAAUGUGAUCAAUGGCAUGCCUCUUCGCAAGGCACAACAACUCUACCGCCAAGUUCUUGCCAAGACCCGUUGCAUUCCCUUCAAGCGCUACAAUGGUAAGACCGGACGCACCGGACAGGCGAAGGAAUGGGGCCAGACAAAGGGCCGCUGGCCACGCAAGUCGGUUGUGGCGAUGCUCUCGCUGCUGAAGAACGCAGAGGCGAACGCCAUUGAGAAGGGUCUUGACCCCAACAAGAUGGUGAUUAAGCACGUGCAGGUGGAUCAGGCCGCCCGCAUGCGUCGCCGCACGUUCCGUGCUCAUGGUCGUAUUACACCGUACAUGUGCAGUCCAUGCCACGUACAACUGUUCAUGACCCAGCCUCAGGAGCGCAUUCCUGUGCCGAAGAGUCAGCCAAAGAAGUGA